AUGAGUUCAAUAUUUCGUCGUUGGAAGAAUCGACUACAUUGUUCAAGUAAACGAUAUAUUCAUCGAAGUCGUUCAUCUAUAUUCGUUGAUAAUGAAUUUAAAACAGUUAAUAUAACAAUGGAUAAAUUAUUAAAUGAGAAUCGUAUAUUAAAAGAACGAUUCGAUAAACUUGAAGAAAGAUGUCAACAAUGGAUUGCCGAUGAACAAAUUUAUUUACUAAAACGUAUUCAACAUUUAGAAGAUGAAAAUCGUCGAUUGAAUGAAAAUUAUCAAGCAUAUCAAAAACAAAGUGAAAAAUGUAUAGGAUCUGUUACUGAUCUAAUUAUAAAAACACUCUUUACUCAAGAGGAAUUAAGAAAACAAUGUACAAAUUUACAUCAUGCGAUUGAUACAGUUCAAAUGAGAAAAAAUACACAACAAAAUGAAUCAAUAAUUCAAAGCAAACGUAGUAUUUCAUGUCAAUUGACAUCCAAUCCAUCGGUAUUGAUACAUGGAAUCAUUAAAAAAGGACUCAUAUUCUCCUUUCAUUUUCAGAAUGUUGAAAAUCGACAUACCACAAAUGACCAAUCUACAUGGUUUCAUCAACAAUUAAUGAUUGUCGAAGAGAAUGAGCAAAAGACAACAAAUCAACCAUCACGUACGUAUAUAUAA